AUGGGGGGGGAGACUGUGGAAGAAUGCAGAGAAAGAUAUGUUAAAGUUGUAAAGGCUCUUGCCGAUAAGUAUCCAACAGAGAACUUGAUCUUAAUCACCCACGGGGAAGGAUUGGAAACAACAUUCUCGACCUUCUUUAAAGAUACAACCAUCGACGAAAAAGACUAUUGUGCUCAUGUUCAAUUGAGAAGAGACGUCUCAAGUAAGGAUGGGGAUGUUAAAACUGGGGAGUAUGAGGUUGCUAUUGAAUACGGCUUGUGUGAGAUGAUGAACUCGGUGGCUAUAUGGCCUGAAGUGUCUCCCAAAGAUGAAAACUUUGACUUCAAUAUUUCGGAUCUUGAAGCUAUGUUUCCUGAAGGAAUGGUGGAUCAUAAUGUGGAUCCUAUUUAUAAAGAGAUGCCAAAAUGGGAGGAGACUGUGGAAGGAUGCAAAGAACGGUAUGUUAAAGUUGUAAAGGCUCUUGCCGAUAAGUAUCCUACAGAGAACUUGCUCUUAAUCACCCACAGGGAAGGAUUGGAAACAACAUUCUCGACCUUCUUUAAAGAUAUAACCGUCCUUGAAGUAGAAGAUUGUGCUUAUGUUCAAUUGAGAAGAGAGGUAUCAAGUAAAGAUGGGGAUGCUGAAACUGGGGAGUAUGAGGUUGCUCAAUCUGGAAUCAGGUUUAGUCAUAUUCCUGUCACUAUCCCAACACCGGUUUAG